AUGUCAGAUUUCAGCAAUGAGAUCGACACGGAGAUCGGCGCUGCCUCCUGGGAGCAAUCGCCAGACGCAUCUUCUUCAGCACCGACCAGCAACUCAGCAGACCGACAGCCCAAGGAGAUCCAGACACGAAUCUCUACCAGUCUUGUCUCCUGGUAUGCCCUUUGCCGCCUAGGUUAUGAGUUUCUUCAAGAAGGAGACACCUUUGUCAUAUCCGGGAUUCUCGGAUCCAUUGAUUUAGAGGAGCUCUUUAGAUACAGUGAGCCUUACCAGAAGGCCGAUGAACAGGAUCAAGGGUCGCGUCCGUCAGUCCAGCUUCCCAACGAAAGAAUUCCGCUAGGGCUUGACGAUGACAAACCGGCUCACUCUACCCGUAUUGCACCGUGCUCACCAACUCCCAGCAACUUUCAUACCCACCCUAUCGCGCCCAGCGAUACGAAGGACUCAAUAAUGAGGCCGUGGGUUAAUCAACUUCUGGUGUCAGACACAGUCCACUUGGGUGACGUCAAGAAACAGCCCCGUGGCUCUCGAGGAGGACAAAGAUCCUCGGAUACAUAUAAUGCCUGGGUUAACCAGACGUCUCUUCUUCAAGAUGGAGAGGUAGGGCGUAGCAUAUGGGCCUCUGAACAGGGGGACCUCAACGGAACGCAAGAUACUGAGCCUGUAGUUUUUCUGUCAACUCCCUUUCUUGCACUACCAAGAAUGGCACUUGAAGAUUGCACGGAGCAAAAAUACACCAGAAGACUGCUUGAGUUUCUUUAUGGUUUUAAAACUGGCGGCAUCCAGGAAACAUCAUUCAGCAACUCAACUCAGGGAGGCCGGAUAUCCAAUCUUUCGCGCAUUUUAGAUAUGCCCGAGGCGCUCUUCUUGAUGAUUGGUGGAGGGACUUUAAUUAGCUCCUCCAUGUUGUCAUGGGAACAGAUGAUGUCGGGUACUGUCAGUCUCGAUAUCAGUAGCGAAAUCCACAGUAUCUGGCCAGUCGUUUACAGGGUUCGAAUUCCAAGCCCCGAAACUUAUAUCAUUAUCGCGGAAAAUUGUUCUUAUUCGGGAAAGGAGUUUAAACAACUUGUCUUCAAGUCGUCGGGUAACUAUGGCCUGGAUAUCGAUGAUUUCCAGCUUGUUGAUGAGCAUGAACACGGUGUUGAUUCAACCACCUGGUUUGGCUACUUGACAUCAGGCGAGGUUGAAAGACACUCUUUCAGAUUGGUAAGAAUCUCUGUCGAAACCUCAAGCGAUGUUCCUCGAGACCCGGGUUCGGAAGCUUUCAACGGUAAUGAGAAUGAAAGCAUCGAAGAGACAUUUGACGAAGAGAGUUCCGAUGGAGAAACCUUUGAAAGAACUAUGGAAGCCGCGAAACAGAUGUUUUGCCAAAGUAUAGGUAAAGGGACACUUGUUCGAAACAUGCCGCCAGUACUUCCGACACUGCCCUCGAUAUCUUUCAACAAUACGGCCAAGAAUCACAUUCCAUUCUUCGCUUGGCCUUUGACCCAAAAGACUGGCAAUAGUUCCCACACAGAUGGUGACAUGGCUCUCACGAGGUUACUAGCCAUGAUCGAUCAAUCUCUUCAAGAGUCCGGUAUUACUAAAGACUUGCGUGCGUUUAGCACGAGAGAUGAAGUGGUCUACAAAUGCCGGGUCCUCCAAUUAGCCAUAGAAGGUGUAUGCGUGCCGACACAGGAGGCUCAAGAGCCCCUUCCGUACCCGCAACCUCCCAGCUCAAACCAUAUGCACAGAAAUCCAGGAUCUGAGAUUCUUGCCACUCUUCUGGCGCUAUCGGAAGACAUUUUUGAUCAUUUUCUUCCCCCAGCCAGUUGGUUCCUUGUCCCGGCUGUAGGUGCUUAUUGGGGCGCCUUGGAUUCGAUCAUGCGUAGUAUCAAGCGAUCCAAUGGGUACCGGCUAUGGCAGGGAGUAGCUUCACGCGCUCGGACUCACAACCUCGAAGCGAAGUUGAAAUGCCAGCUUGAAGACGCCAGACGAGAUGUGAUGAUGACUAGCGAGACCCAGACCGAUACAGACCGCCUUACCAUCUCACCGAUAGGCCUUGAGUUUCUACUUAUAACGCUACUGCGGAACCUUCAUGACCAUCCCAUUCAUCCAGAGACAGAUCAGAAGCUGGACGUAGUCAGGUAUUGCCGCGAUAAGUCUACUGCACUUCGGUUUGCUGCGGUUCGUGACCCAAGACGUCGCAGAUUUCUUGAAAUAUCUGCUCUGGAAGAGGAAAUGGAGGCUUUGCGGAUCGUUUUCGAAGUUCAAACACGUACGGUCAAGGCCUUUGCUCAGGUUCUGAGCCCCGACUUCUUCCCAAAAGACACUACAGAUCGGGCAGAUCUGGGAAACCGCAAGUAUAUUCUUGCUGAGGAUGGAAAGACACUCGAGAUACUACAGAGGAUCUUGAACGCCACAAGACACGACAUGAAACAGAUGAUUGAGGUACUCGACGAGGGUCACGGAAAGGCUAUCAGAGUAUUUACCUUCGUCACAUUGUUCUUUCUUCCACUCUCUUUUGUGACAAGUUUCUUUGGGAUGAACACUACAGAUGUCCGUGAGCUAGACAGAGACCAGAGGGUAUUUUGGUCAUCUGCGGUACCUUUGACUCUGGCAGUUUCCAGUCUUGCUCUGGUUUUUGGGUACAGGUGGGACACGGUCACCGCAUUGUUCUUCAAGGCAUUCAAGAUUCGAGAUUCAUCAAGAGUCUAUGAAGAGCUGGAAAAGGAUCUCAUUUCUCAGCUGGGUGCAGAAAAUGCUGGAACUAGUUGUAAAACCGAUCUCUCCGCGGCAUCAAAACUUGGAACAUCAUCAGGGCUUCGCAUUGAGAGGAGAUGGAAAAGGAAACCGUGGGAGAAAAGGAUACCGGAGCCGUUUAAGGGAUUCGAAGUAGUUUAG